CGAACCAUUUGUUAUCUGGGUUUUCGUCCCAAGAUCCUGGAACCGAGGAUUCGAUCUACGAUUGCUACGUCAAGGCGAAGAAGAGGGCAGGGUUCAGACCCGAGAAGUCGACUUUGCGGCAUCUGAUCAGGUACUUGGUGCAAUCCAAGAAGUGGGAUAUGAUUUUUUCGGUUUCUAGAGAUUUUAGGGAUUAUGGGGUUUGCCCUGAUAGAGAUACGUGUUGUAGAUUGGUUAGUAGUUGCGUUAGAGGUAGGAAAUUCAAAAUUGUUAGGGCUCUGCUUGAGGUUUUUGAAACGGAUGGUGAUGUUGCUGCGGCUGCUUUUGAGGCCGCUAUGAGAGGCUACAAUAAGCUUCAUAUGUUCAAGAGCACUAUCCUCGUUUUCCAGCGGUUGAAAUCGGCGAAAAUUGAAGCCGAUUCUGGAUGCUAUUGUAGGGUCAUGGAAGCUUACCUUAAACUUGGGGAUUCUCAGAGAGUUAGGGAACUGUUUGAUGAAGUUGAGAGUAGGAUAUCGGAUUUAACGCCCUUUUCGAGUAAGAUUUAUGGGAUUCUUUGCGAGUCGUUGGCGAAAUCAGGGCGUGUUUUCGAGUCGCUUGAGUUCUUCAGAGAUAUGAGAAAGAAAGGGAUUGCAGAAGACUACACCAUUUACUCUUCUUUGAUAUGCACUUUUGCUAGCAUUAGGGAAGUCAAAUUGGCUGAAGACCUUUUCAAAGAGGCCAAAAGCAAGAAUUUGUUGAGAGACCCUGCAGUUUUUCUAAAGCUAAUAUUGAUGUAUAUUCAACAAGGGUCAUUAGAGAAGGCACUUGAGGUUGUGGAAAUGAUGAAGGGCUCGAAAAUCGGAGUGUCUGACUGUAUUUUCUGCGCAAUCGUCAAUGGCUACGCUGCGAGAAGGGGCUAUAACGCAGCGGUUACGGUUUACGAGAAGCUGAUCGGCGACGGGUGUGAGCCAGGACAAGUGACGUACGCCUCAGCGAUCAACGCCUACUGCCGCGUCGGGCUGUACUCGAACGCAGAGGACAUAUUUGGAGAAAUGGAGGAAAAGGGGUUUGAGAAAUGUGUAGUAGCUUACUCUAGUUUGAUAUCAAUGUAUGGGAAAACAGGGAGGUUGAAGGAUGCAAUGAGGGUGUUGGCAAAGAUGAAAGAAAGAGGGUGUGAGCCAAAUGUUUGGAUUUACAACAUUCUGAUGGAGAUGCAUGGAAAAGCCAAAAAUUUAAAGCAAGUUGAGAAGCUAUGGAAGGAAAUGAAGCGCAGAAAGAUAGCACCUGAUAAGGUUAGCUAUACAAGUAUCAUAAGUGCUUAUGUGAAGGCAAAAGAAUUCGAGACAUGCGAGAGAUAUUACGUCGAGUUUCGGAUGAACGGGGGCGCCAUCGAUAAGGCGAUGGCGGGAAUCAUGGUCAGCGUGUUCUCGAAGACGAGUCGGGUCGAUGAGCUGGUGAAGCUUCUGAGGGAGAUGAACUUAGAAGGAACAAGGUUGGAUGGGAGGCUGUAUAGGUCAGCCUUGAAUGCUUUGAUGGAUGCUGGGUUGCAAUUGCAGGCCAAAUGGUUGCAAGAUCAUUAUGCAGCAAAAUCAGGCUUUGUUUAAACAUGGCAUAAGCAUAAGAGUGAACAAAAUUAUCAUAAACCCAUGUGAAUGUGAUUGGUUAUUGUAAGUAA